UGUCUCUGCGUGCUGGCGUCACCGGCCACCAGUAGGUUCGCGCAGUUCGCGUUUGCCCUUCAGUUCCCGGCCCGCUACACCGAGUCCUGCUGCAGCCCCAGCCAUGGCCUCCGCCUGCCACCAGCUACUCGUACGGUGCAUGUCCAGCAGCGCUGCCGCAGGAAAGAAGUUAGCGAUCAAACAUGUGACGGUGAUCGGGGGAGGCCUCAUGGGAGCGGGGAUAGCCCAGGUGGCUGCAGCUACAGGUCAUACUGUAGUAUUAGUGGACCAGACUGAGGACAUCUUGAAAAAAUCUGCCAAAAGCAUUGAGGACAGCUUGAAAAGAGUCACCAAGAAGAUGUUUGCAGACAAGCCUGAGGCUGCUUCUCAGUUUAUUACGAAAACAUUAUCAAACUUCAGCACCAGCACAGACCCUGCGGCCGUGGUACACAGCACUGACCUGGUGGUAGAAGCUAUUGUUGAGAACUUGGAAGUGAAAAAUGAACUCUUCAAGAAGCUGGAUAAAUUUGCCCCAGAACACGCCAUAUUUGCCAGCAACACCUCAUCAUUGCCAAUAACUGAUAUAGCCAAUUCCACUACCAGACAGGACCGGUUUGGAGGACUGCACUUCUUUAACCCAGUUCCUAUGAUGAAGCUUGUAGAGAUUAUUAAGACACCGAUGACAAGCCAGACAACUUUUGACUCUCUCACGGAUUUCAGUAAAGCACUUGGAAAAAUUCCUGUGUCAUGUAAGGACACUCCUGGGUUCAUUGUUAACCGUCUACUGGUGCCCUACUUAAUGGAAUCAGUCCGGCUGUAUGAGCGAGGACAUGCAUCAAAAGAAGACAUUGACGUGGCAAUGAAAUUGGGAGCUGGAUACCCAAUGGGUCCAUUUGAACUGCUGGAUUAUGUUGGCCUUGACACCAGUAAAUACAUCAUUGAUGGUUGGCACCAGGUGGAUCCUGAAAAUCCUCUCUUUGCACCCAGCGAAUUGCUUAAUAAGCUAGUAGCCGAGAAGAAGCUGGGAAAGAAGACCGGAGAAGGAUUUUAUAAAUAUAGAUAAUUUCGCUCACUGCACCGCUAAUGUGUAUAUACAACGUUUUUUUUUUUUUUUAUAGUCAUUGCUUUAUGCUGACUGUGACGCUUCCUUUUCCGCUAAUUGACGUCUCGUGUUGUGGUCUGUUAUUUCUGCAACUGACGUGUUCACACACUAGUGCCUUAGAGCAACGAUUGUCUGUUCAUGAUUAAUAUCCUUUUGUACAGCUGAUUUACAAACCUUAAAAUGUCAUAACAAAUCUGAAGCCAAUAAAAAGAAUAUAAGCUGCUUA